AUGACUGCUGUGUCUUCUAGUAACUCGGGUUCAAAGGUCAAUGACCAUGAAGAAGUCAGUGGAUUCGUGCAGGGUUCGGCGGCGUGGGUGAGCCAGAUCCAGGCGCUCCGCGGCGGGCUCUCGGCGGGGUGCGGCGCGGCACCGCGCCUGGAGUGGGGUGAGCCGGGCCCUUCGUACCAACGGCUCGGUGGCUGGCUGCUUGUUGAGCUCGCCCAGCUCCCCCGAAAGCGUCUGCGCCUCCGCACACCGCGAGGGCGCUCAACUGCGGCCACGGCCGGGGCAGGCGGCAACGCGCCGUCAAAUAAAAAGAAGAAAGGCAAAGGCCGGGUCAAGAGCUUUGGGAAGAAGCAGAAGCCGAAGAAGCCGGAACCUGACAUCCUCAGCCCUGUGGCCAUGCUGAACCUCUACUACAUUGCCCACAAUGUCGCGGACUGCCUGUAUCUUCGCGGCUACACUUGGCCAGGCGCUCCCAAAGGGAAAAGGGGGAAGAGCAAGAUUUAAGUGACAGAAUCCAAAGCAUGCCUUGGCUUCAAAGGACAGAAGGUGGGAAGACAACAGAAAGCAUUUAGGACAACUUAGCGAUGGCAGGCGAUGUAGACUUACUGAAGACAACCAGAAACUUGGAGCCGGCGCACUUCUCUGUGGCUAACGACAGAGCAGUGCACGUUUAUGGCCACAGAUAAGCCGGGCCCUAGGAGGCUUCACUUUGGUUUUUCAGAGGUAAUCAGGAAAACCAAACUCAAGUGGUACUUAAAAGUGACGCCGGCAUGGUAGUGAUUUUUGUAGUAUUAUAAUCAUAGUUGUGGACCUGAAUUAAACCUUGUUCUCAGAAAGCA